AUGACGCAGAUAGGCAAGUGCGAUACAUGUCGUCAACGGAAAGUCAAGUGCGAUGAAGAAAGACCGAAAUGCGGCGCGUGUCAAAAGAGGGACCGGCCUUGUACCUACUCAUACGGCAAGGCCACCGCAUUCGUGGUGCAAGACCCAAACCAGCUGACAAAACACGGCAAAUCGAAGACUGCACCUGUCGUGUAUACGCUGGAUUCUUCGGCAGACGAGCAUGCCUCAUCAAGCUCGCCGCCGUCCGAUCUGCGAAUCACGGCUGAGAGGGAGGCGGAGAAUGGACACGGCUUCUUCCAAACCCUAGCACCAAAAUCCAAGCCAAGGAUACGGCCGUCAAAAAAGCAGGCAGCUCAUCAAAAGCGAACACUCGAGAGGUACCUCCAAAAAUUGCAAGAAGAUUCCGCACUGGUGCCCGUAGGACCUUCAUCACCUGAAACCACGCUCAUAGCUAGAUAUAUCAACAUGCUCGGCUCGGAAACUUCUGGCAAACAACCACUCUCAAUAUUGGGGACGUGGAUCCAAUCAAUACCAUCGCGCAUAGGAUCUAAUCACAUGCUCGACCUUGCAGUAGAGUUUCUUGUCAACAGUUAUACCGUGUAUUGGGAUGACACCUUCUCAAAACGAAAGGUAGCGAGAGCGUCAAAAGCAAAAGCCCUAAAGGAAUUACAGCUUGUCGUAAUGAACGCGCAGGGCGUACCAAGCUACGAGGUUCUCCUGGCUACGAAGAUGCAUUAUGCUGCAGAGGCACUUAUAGGUAUCGAUAGUAUGUACCACGCCAUUCACGCAUUUGGGCUCGCAGAACUUCUUAAGUCGGGAGCGGUUUCCAACGUCGAUGAUGAUCACUUCUGGAACCUCAUCGACAACACGUACAUUGAUGAUGUUAAUGAGGCCAUUCUCGCUGGCCGAAAAUCGGUCUACGACAAUGAGUUCUACCUGUCUUCGACAUAUCCACCAGCAUUUGACUCGGACAUCAUAUCGCUCUCUGCAUUCCAAAGGGCCUCCAUGGCGAUUAUGCACGCAUUCAUACAAUGCCCGCGUCUGGGCCGCCUCAUCCGACAUGCGAUUACAAAUCCAGACGACAAGAGUGUUCUAGCCGCGGCCGUUUCACACGCUGAGUCCCUAUGGCAGCUCGAUUUACCAAGGCAAGUAUCGGAGCUUUUGCGAAUUUCUAUCACGCGGGUAUUAGUUCCCCCCACACCAGAGAUAGCAGAUCUUCUACCCGAAUCGCUAGAGUUUGAUUCCGUGCAAAGCAUGACACUCUGCACGCGGUAUUGGAUGCUACAAAAUGUGCUGUGCGGAUUCGCCAAUACACUUCACCGCCGCUUCCCCAUAGAAACAGGUUUAUCCUUACUUCCAAGUACGAAAGUCAUACGGGAUGUCGAUGUCGACGCAGCAUUGCAGCUCGCGAAAAGUCUCCCCUGGGCUGAGUCGGUCUCUCAAAGAUUACCGCUUGUUCCCCUUCGAUUGCACACUCCCCUUCAAAUAUCCGUCGGUCCGUGGCAUAGAAUCAUUCGCGACCUUGGCAGUUUCGAAUCCAUUAGCUCUGACCUUGACAUUGAACCUGACCCUGAAAUCUCCUUCGAGGUCUCGCGAGCAAAGUGUAUGAAAGCCUGGAUCAUGGACCAUUGCAACCGAAUUCAUAAACAAUGGGAUGUCGCCUCCAUCGACGAAAAGGCCCUGCUCGAAGCUCUAGAUUCGAUGGCCGGCGAGAAAAUCCCAGACUGGCUACCGCUUCGCGUGCGCUUCGAAGCUGAAGAUGGCGAGAUGGUGAUGAAGCUCGACUAUGAGAACAAAACGGGUAGCUAUCAGGAGCAUUAUAAUAUCGGGGAAAAGCCGCCAAAGAGGAAGCCCUUUCAUCCGGCUACGAUAGAAGGACGAUGGCAUAGGGAGAGUCUAGGUGUACAAGAACUCCCGUUGCGGACUGUCACUCCUCGAAGUUCAGGUGCAUCAACAGUCAAGUCUUUCGGCACUACGCAUGGAAACGCAUUCAUGGCCCGAACCUGGGAGAAAAGGCCUGUGGACUUCCUACAUGCUACGGGCAGGAACAUAUGCUCCACGUCCGGAUGGUGGCCCAAUUCGCCGACCACGUCUACGGUUCCACUCGAUAGCACGCACAACACGCCUGCUUUCGUGCAGGCCCAACCAGAUUACAGCAACUCCGAAUCUCCGCCGCAAUUAGGAAAUGAGAAUAGUUAUCCCUACUUGGCGUCGAGGUGGUGGCCGGAAAGGCCAGAUACAUUGACAAAUUCGUCGGCGGGGACGCCUAUUGAUGCGUCUACGUCGCCUGCAUGGUCAGACACAGUGAGCGUCACUUUUGACAACGCAAAGAAGAAUGCGUGUCUCUCACCCGCUUGGUCACAUCACACAUAG